GAAAAAAAGCAAAAUUAUGUUGCGUGUAGACCCUAAGUAGAUUGCAAAAGUUUCUUUAUAUAUAAACUAAUAUAUGAAAACAUCGGGUCAACCAAAAACUCAGCGACAGAUACAUCCCCAUGUUAUUGAUUUGGGCCAGCGAUGGUAUUUCGUGGCUCGGCUUCUGCCUUUGGAGUCAGUCCCAGCCCAAUGAGCCAAUGAUGGGUGAUCCUUUGUACUUUCAACCAUGGCUCAAUGAGGGCACGAACCAAACGACAAUCCCUUGUUUAUCAGAACAAGCUUCUAACUUGUUACACCAUCAUGACAAUGAUAUGUAAAAGAACAAGGCCGAAGAGUACAGCUGUGGGUGGGGCCAUGGAAAAUGCAAAAACCAACUAAAAAGUUAAAGCGGUUUUAGGAAAUGGGAAAGACGCUAGUAUAAUUCUUGUAAGCUCGGAUUGCGUGCGGGGUCAGGGGGCUGUAAAACUCCAUUGAUUUGAACAAAAUCUAGAAAGGCGUCUGUGAUAGGAUGAGGAGCUGAAUUGGAUACUUUAAAUCGGAGCCGUCAUUACGUGAACCAAUCAGGAAGAGGAUGAAGAUCCACAUAGAUACAAUGGUGGACCUCACCAGCUCCUAUAUAAAGAAAGGAACCUCAUAUCCCACAUUCAGUCACAAGAAAAACUCUAAAGCUCAUAAGCACCCACAGAGUCAGCUUCAAAAAAAGGUCUACAAAUGGCAACAAUGGCUCUGUCAUCUCCAUUCACAGGAACCACAAUUCCUUCAACAGGGCCCCAGUUCUCGGCUGCCCAAAGCAGUGGUAAAGUUUCAAUGAGGAAGACAGCAGGAAAGCCUGUUGCUUCAUCUGGAAGUCCCUGGUAUGGCCGGGACCGCGUCAAGUACCUUGGACCAUUCUCUGGCGAAUCACCAUCUUACCUAACCGGCGAAUUCCCUGGUGACUAUGGGUGGGAUACCGCGGGGUUAUCUGCAGACCCUGAAACUUUUGCCAGGAAUAGGGAGCUUGAGGUCAUUCAUUCCAGAUGGGCAAUGCUUGGGGCUCUGGGCUGUGUCUUCCCAGAGCUUCUUUCAAGAAAUGGAGUCAAGUUUGGAGAAGCAGUUUGGUUCAAAGCUGGUGCUCAGAUAUUCAGUGAUGGUGGCCUUGAUUACCUUGGAAACCCAAGCCUUAUACACGCACGGAGCAUUUUAGCAAUAUGGGCAACCCAGGUUAUCCUCAUGGGUGCUGUGGAGGGUUACCGCAUUGCAGGAGGACCCCUCGGAGAGGUGUCUGACCCUCUGUAUCCAGGAGGCAGCUUCGAUCCUUUGGGGCUAGCAGAUGAUCCUGAGGCAUUUGCAGAGCUCAAGGUGAAAGAAAUCAAGAAUGGAAGACUUGCCAUGUUCUCCAUGUUUGGUUUCUUUGUACAGGCCAUAGUAACCGGAAAGGGUCCUCUCGAGAAUCUUGCUGACCACCUCGCCGAUCCUGUUAACAACAACGCAUGGGCUUACGCCACCAACUUUGUACCAGGGAAGUAAAAACCACCUAGUCACAUCUAAAGACGAAAGCAAGAAAACCACCCAAAAAAAAAAAAAAAAAA